AUGACUGGGUAUGCGAAAUUCAUGAAAGACUUGGUGACCAAAAAUAGGGCUGUCAGUUUUGAAAAUGAAGAGAAGCUCCAACAUUGUAGUGCUAUUGCUACUAGGUCACUUGUGCGGAACAAAAAGGAUCCUGGAGCUUUCACUAUUCCUUUUACCAUUGGGAUAAUACACUUUGCGAAAGCAUUGUUUGAUUCAGGUGCUAGCAUUAAUUUGAUGCCAUUGUCGAUUUAUAAGAAUUUGGGUUUAGAAGCUGUAAAACCGAUUGUUAUGCGCUUACUUAUGGCCGAUAGAACUGUGAAGAGGCCCAUUAGAGUGCUUCAAGAUAUCCUAGUGAAAGUGGAGUCAUUCAUCUUUCUGGUGGACUUUGUAAUACUAGAUUGUGAGGUUGAUUUUGAGGUUCCCAUCAUCUUAGGGAGACAAUUCUUUCUAUUGGGCAUGCGUUGGUCGUUAUGGAGUGAGGGCAGAUGA